AUGGCUGUCUGCGUACCGCCGCUGACGAAAUGCUACUCAAGCGAGGAGAGGAGAGAGAUGUUCAAGAAUAAAGACGAUUGGUGGACUUCUGACAGAUAUGCCUUUAAUCUUGCUAUGAUGGUUACAGCUAUUCUGAUUGUCGUCAUCAUCGUUCAAUCCCUCAAGUAUAUCGCUUCUACAAAGAGAGUUAUGGCGAUGAUGAGGAGGAGUGGUUCGGGUGGAGGCGGCAGCCUUCAGGCCUCCGUCGUAUCAGCAAUCAACAGAAUCGCAGCUUCUGCUCGUGCUCUACACUACCACCGCUUCAGGAUUAGAAACUUCUACUUCCCCCAUACAUUUCCAAUGAUUUUGCUCUCAGCAAUCUUCAUCGGCACCACAGUAUGGGCAUUCACUAUCUUCCCGUAUUACAGACCAGGUAUUCAAUUUGGUCCCGGUCCACUUGCUAUUAGAACAGGCUGGAUGACCCUUGGCUUGAUUCCACCAGUCUUUUCCAUGGGCUCUAGAAUAAAUCCAAUCAGCUUUAUCACUGGCAUAAGCCAUGAACGUUUAAUCGAUUAUCAUCAAUACGGAGCUAUCAUUAUUCUCUUUCUAUCCUUGGUUCACACAAUACCAUUCAUCGUUGAGCCUCUUCAGCAGGGUUAUGAGAUGGGCGGCGGUAUUGAACUAGGAAGAUUCCUCCUACAGAAGUACUACGAUGGUACUGUACCCUUCUGGAACGGUAUACCUCCACUAGUAGCUUUGGUCUGGAUCAUCGUCUCAAGCAUGAAGAUUUUCAGAAACAUGAUGUCUUACGAGUUCUUCGUUUGCCAGCACAUCGUGACAACUUUCUUCUUUUUGGUUUGGAUGUUUAUUCAUACCGAUGUCACAUACCCUCAAACGUGGCAGUACCUGUUCGUUACUGUUGGUGUAAUGGCCUGGAGCUGGUUCGGUAAAAUUUUGGUGACGUUCUGGGCAAAUGAAUUUUCGUACUACAACGCUCAAGUAGCCACAUAUUCUGGGGAAAUAAUCAGAAUCCGCAUCGUUACCCCUCUGCGUUGGAAGGCGGCGCAAUGCAUCUAUAUCCGCUUUCUAACAAUUAGCCCACUCGAAUCACAUCCAUUCACAAUCACAUCUAUUCCUUCAAACGAUGUUCACAGUACAUCGAACGUCUUGCAAUUGAUUCUGCGCGGUAAAAGUGGCAUCACCAGAAAACUGAAUGACAAAGCUAAAGGAGGGGUUGCUUCGAUUCCAGUGCUUAUAGACGGGCCGUAUGGCGGAAUACCAAGACCAUUGAAUGGCUUCUCGCACGUCUUAUUACUCAGCGGUGGUACAGGUGUCACUUCCAAUAUCAGCGUCCUUCUUACACUUCUCAACCAAAUGGAGCGCUCGGAAACGCUCGUUGAGCAGAUCGACUUUGUUUGGGUUGUUAGAGAGAUGCAUUCUCUAGAGUGGUUCAACGACACAUUUAAAGCCCUCUCAACUUAUUCCAGCUUCGGCAACGUCAACCUUGUUAUCCAUGUUACUGGCCAGAAUGAAUUGGAUGAGAAGAGCAGCUCUUCAGGUCUAGCAUACGAUGAAAAGCUCUACAACUUCGUCAAAGGUAGACCAAAUGUCAAGAGAAUCGUUAGAGACAGCGCUACGCAAGCUCAAGGAAGGCAUCUCGCCGUAGUUGUGUGCGGUCCAGGAGGAUUGUUCAAUUUUGACACAAUGAACGAAUGUGCUGCCAUCGAGUUCCAAAUGGCUAUAGGAAAUCAAGCCCUUCCCAAUCAAAUGUUUGUCCAUUCCGAAAGCUUUGAGUGGUAG